AUCUUCAACAUUUGCAUAUAUCAGGUAGUGCUCUUCGAUUCUCCUAUGGGAUCGCAUUUGGAACAGAAUAUGGCCAGUCCGGACCCAUCUCUGAAACCCUCCAUGGACUUGCGUCCUGCAGACCUCGUGACCAGACUCCUUGCUGCCACCCCGCCCUAUCUCUAUACGAUGCCACUCUCCAACAGCUUUUUCUUCAGUGAAAUGCUACGGAGCUUCGUGCAGGCACGAACCUCCCCUCCAGGAGGCCCAAGACGAGGGCGCAAGCGGUCCUGGAAAGAAGCUCGUCAACCACCACAAAAUGACAAACCUCUGGAACUCACGACAAAUCCCAAACCACCGCCUUCUCCCCCAGUCAAGUCAGAAUCGCCUCCUAAAGAAGUCCCACAGAGUCUCCUCCUACCUCCUUGCAAUCUUCUAUCUCUCCCCUCAUCAGAUCCCAUCCUACCCCCUCCAACUGCUCCCUUAUGGUACCCGCAUAUGAAUAUGUACCCUCCCCCUCCUCCUCAAUGUUUCGACCCUCACUUCUUUGUAGAUCUCAGGGUAUCUGGUCACAUUUGGGACCGUAAGGCGGAAAAAGACUCUCCCCCUUCUGAGCCUUUGAAUCUGCAGACCGAAGAAAAGAAGAAUGUCCUCAACCUUUCUUUCAGGAAGCACAAUUCGGCCUUCAGUGUUCCCCAACCGAGAGAACUCCAGGAGCGCGAAAGGACUUCGGAGAAGUCAACUUGCGGUACUAACUACGUUCUGCAGAACUUGGACAAAAUAUAUAAGGAGGUAAAGACCAAGCAGGAGACAAAGAAGGAGCAGGACGAAGAAGAGUUGACCCCAGAAGAGAAGAAGGUCCGUGACCUCCGUGCACUCAUCGGACUAGAAUUGGUCGUGGAUUAUGUAAAACAAGAGGAUACCCCAGGGGAGAGAGAAGUGAGGGAUGACUCAAGCGACAGCUCAGACUCAAAUCAAGAACCUUUGGUUAUGGACUAAAUGUGGAACAAAAUAAAAUACUAUGUAUUACUGUGGAUCCUUAAAACAUAUGAACAAAUUAUUACAAGUUUCCUUAGCAGCGUUAUACGAUUACUUCUUUAGGGACUUUGAAAAUCUGCUUCGAAAGUUUUAAAAUUAUGCGAUGUAAAAUAUAUUCGUAGGAGUUGGUUUAUAUUUAAAAUUUACCUCGUACUCUUAUUUUCUAUAAAUAUAACAGUUAAUGAAUUAAUUGCUUGAUUUUCCAAAGGUUGUUAAAACUGCAAACUUUAACAAAAACUGCUAUUGGCCAUGAAAUAAAACUUACAUGGUAUAUAUACCGCGUGUUCCAAAUUUUAUGCACACUAAAGGGAUCUUGGAAACCAUUAGAGACACAGCAAAGAUUAAAUGGACAAAGUUUUGCUUAAUAUCAAGACCAACAAAUUAAUGUUGUUAAAUUAAUUAUUGGUUGCGUCGUGUUUGGUCAAAAUCUUAAAAACUGUUACAGUUCUCUCAUUAGUAGCUAUAUUGUAACGUAUUCAUGUAAAGCUAUAUUUUUACAUGAAAUCUGCAUGAAAUUCUUCUGGUUUUUAAAUAUUUAAAUGAAAAAUGUUGUAACACCAGCAGUUUAAGUAAUUUUUUCUUAAUACAAUGACCUAUUUUUACUUAAUUAUAAGAAGGUAGAUUUGUUACUGAUAUCCAAAAUACCAUACAUGUUAUACUUUCCUUGAGGUUUAUUUAACUGAUCACUUAAUAUAACAAUGCACUUAUUUUGGGAUCAGCUGUUACAAAAUACACCAUUCAUUUUUAAUAAAAGGGAUAUUUUGUAUUACAAUUAGUGUAGGGCUGGUAAAAUUGUAAGGUUUUACGAUCAGCUGCUCAGCAAUGUAUAAAUAUGUACAAAUACCAGCUGAUCAGUCAAGUUGACUCGAAACCUACACACCGUGCUUGCUGAAGAAAUUGCUUUAAGAACUAGAUUAAAUUUCAUACAGAUUACAUGUAAAAAAGUGUUAAAAUAUAACUACUAAUAAGAGAACUGGGACAGUUUGAUGAUUUUUACAAAAAACAGUGCUUUCAGCGCAGCAAGUGAACGUCGCAACCAAUAAUUAACUUAACCACAUUGAGUUGUUGGUCUUAUUAUUACCCACAACUUUAUCCACUUAAUCUUUGCUGUAUCUUUUAUAGUUUCCAAGAUCCCUUUAAUGUACAUAAGAUUUGGAACACACGGUAUAUUAUUUUAAUGUUAAGGAAUAUUAAUCACAUCCUAAUAAGGCCUAAGGUAGGGAAUAUUCUAUAAAACCAUUAUAAAUAUCAAUUCAUAGGUUACUGUAUACAAAUAUUUAUCAUUAUAAACAAAUUCAUAUAAUUAUAAAUGUUAUAUUUUUUUAUACCAGGUGGAUAAAAUAGUUUAGAUAUCGUGAUCAGUUUCUUGAUUUAUCUUCUUGAACUUCGACAGUGGUCGAUGAAAUGGCUGAUAGCUUGUACUAAAUGUCAAUAAUUGAAAAUUCACUAUAGCAACGAAUUUUGAUCGAAAUAAUUUAAAAGCUGUCAAAAGUAAUAUAAAUAAUCUCGUAGAUCUUAGAUAUUCGGUUAGAAUUUUUAAUAUGGCAGCUAUAUAAGAAAUACACCUUAUAUCCGGUUCUAACUGACCGAAUGGUCGCUUAAUUGAACCUUCACCUUCAAACAUAAGGGGUUCGAUUCCUAGGUAGGUCACUACAAUUUUACAAUAGGUAAAGAUCAUUUUUUUCAUAAAAACGUUUAGUUAAACUGUUUAAAAUACUAAUAGCGUAGAAACCCCUUGAAUAAAA